UUAGCCAGGUGUGGUGAUGUGCACCUGUCCCAGCUACAGGAGGCUGAGGCAGGAGGGUCACUUGAGUCUGGGAGAGGGAGGCUGCGAUGAGGAACGAUUGCACCACGGUACUCUAGCCUGGGUGACAGAGCAAGAUCCUGUCUAAAAAGAAAUGAAAGCUUGAAGUAUCUUAUCUGGCUAACCAAUUUCUGCCUUGGUCAGGUCAAAGCAGAUUUUUUUCCCCCCUACUUAGGCAAGAUUUAUUUCAAGGCCUGUAAACAUUCAGACUGAUCAGAAUGGUCAAAGUGGAUUUUGUUGUUGUGGAAACUGCAUGUUUGGUACACUGAACUGGAAAAGUUACAAGUCAAGAACCCCUGGCCCUGAGUAUGUGUGUGUUUUGGCUACUUGUAUAGUGUAGCGUUACAAACUGCUUAGAUAUAAGUGUUUCAGCAAAUAACCUGUUGCUACCAUUCAGUGUAAGAAAUGAAACAUUAUGAACACAGUGGAAGCUCUUUCUUGAUACACCUUCACCUCCAUUCUCUGAGACAACCAUGUAAUAUUUUAGGCAGGUCAUAUUUAACCUCCUCAGGUGUGGUGUUAGGAUCUAUAACAAGAAGCUGAUAGCUGCCCUACUUAGCUAAAAGGGUUGUUACGAGAAUCAAAUGAGUGAUGACUGUGGAAAACACUUGGAAAAUCUGAAGAUGCAGGAUAAAAAUCAGGAAGGAUUCUGCUAACGAGCUGGUUUAGUAGUUUCUCGUGCUAGGCUGGGUAGAGAGAGCUCAAGUAUUUAGUAAGCAGUAAAGGAAUGGAAUCCCACUUUAUCCCUAUCCUCCCUCAAAAAGGAAAAAUCAGUAUAUGAAAUUUUCCAGAGUCCCUCAGUAUAUGUUCAACAAAUAUUUGCUGAGUAUGUACUAUAGGAUAGCAUGGGGAUAUAGCAGUGAACAAAAGAGGUAAGGUUCAUGCCCAUGAAAACAAACAGAAAACCGUCUUUAUUUUCAAAUUUACAUCAGGUCUAUCCUUGGAUGCUUCAGGCACAUCUUAUUCUCAUCUACAUUGGCUGGCCCUUCACAUUUAAAUUAAGAAUCGUUCAUAAGACAGUAUUUGAAUUGAGAUUAGUCAAAUGCCUAUUAAAGAUUAAGGUAUUUAUUUUUCUACAAAUUCAUCAAGGAGAAAUUUUUGGUGCCAGAUGAUGCUAGCAUUUAAAGUAGAACUUAUUUUCUUCAUUGUAGCCGGUUUGAACUGAGGCAGCCUUCUUCUAACCUAUCAAGGUUUUAAACUUUUAUCCCUUCCUCUGAUUUGUGUCAGGGUGAAUCGUUUGAUAUAAAAGACUUGACUCCAUAAUCUGCAUCUGCCCUAAUGCUGUCAUCUGGAGUAGAGACUCAGCCAGUUCCACUUGAUUCCUCCAUGUCUGCCGUGGUACAGGAAUUAUACUCUGAACUCCCAGUAAGUGUCUCCAGAGAGCUUCAUGCUGAUCCUGAGCCAAGUGUGAUUCCAAAUGUAAAACCUGGAGCCUCAAGCCCUCUUUUAAGUCAGAGUAGGGCAUUGCCCUUGGAGCUGCAGAGGACUCGUGUGGAGUGUUGUUGUGAAGAAACCUAUGAAACCUUGGAUCCUGGGAGUGAGUCUGGGCGAUGUGGGUUAGUGGACUCCACAGCAGGAGGUUCUGUGGCAUCUGGGAUCUUGGAUAGGGCAAAGAGAAGCAAGAGCAUGGAGCCAAAGGUCUUCAGAGAUCCAGGGGGCCAGGCGGAAAUUGUAAGAGAACCUUCUGAGGGAGCAAAGGAAGAUCCACAUCAACAUUCCACAGCUGCUGAAGAAAAGAUUAGCCCAAGUCAGGAGGAUCUCCUGAUGCAGUCCAGUGAAGAACUUUUACAUGUGGACCUUCCCGAAGAUUUUCUAAGGAGCAAAGAAGGAAAUGUACAGAUUACAGCUGAAACUCUGCUAAAAUCCACUGAAGUACAAGGUAUGAAGGUCAAUGGGACUAAGACGGAUAAUAAUGAAGGACACAAAAAUGGCAAUGUGAGUAAAGAUCUCUCAGCUGGAUGCAGCGAAUUCCCAGAAGUAGACAAAAUCAUGAACAGUGAUGAGGUUUCAGAAACCAGCACAUUAGUUACCCCAGAACCUUUAACCUUUGUGGACCCUGUAUUAACAGAAGCAGCUCCUAAAGAAAAAGAAUGUGAAGAAUUAAAAAGUUGUCCUUGGACGUCAUUACCAGGGAGCAGUGCCAUUUCUAAUGUGGACAAUGGGAAGGAAGAGCUGUGUAAACUAAACCUUGUCUGUGAAGCAGAUGACAAUCACCAAAAGAUUCAUGGCCACCAUAAUGAACACCCCAGUUCUACACAUGAUAGUCCCACAGCCACAAGCCCCUUGAAAGAAAAUUCUGGAGUUUCAUGUUUCACAUCAGACUUGUCUGGUCCAGAGUCCAGAACAAUAUCUUUAGAAAACUGUGGUUUUGAAGGUGGUGGUUUGCUAAAAAGAUCUGCUGAAAAGACAGACAAUUGUUAUUUUUAUAGGGGGGACGAUCAAGGGAAGAACUUGGCUUCUAGAGAAGAAAAUGAAGAACAGCUUUUGAUUCCUAGGAGUGAGAGAGGUGGACCUUUUCUUAUUAAUGCCAGGGAACCAGAAAAGGAGAUUAGUGGUGGUGGUUCUGGUGAAAAAGAGCCUGUUGUUUCCCCAAAGGAAAAUAUCCACAAUGACUGUUGCAUUCAAGACAGUCUCCAUACAGGGAGCUCUAGUUCAUUAAUGCCCAAUUCUUUUACUGAAGCCACAGAAGUAAUGUUAAAUAAAAGUGAUUUGAAAAUUACUUUACACAUUCAAGGUAACUUGACAAACCUUGAGGACCAUAAAGACACUUCUACUAAUAUGAGCCAUCCAGGUGGACACUCUGAAGAAAGCAGUUUUUCCUCCUUGAUGCAGAUUGAAGAGGCAGAACAGACAACCCCCAUAGAGUCCAGUAUAUUAAGUAAAUCUUUUUACACUGAAGACUGUAACUCCUUAGUCAGCAUCCAGAGAAAUCUGGAAAGCAACACCCAGUUAAAUGAAGCAUCAUGUAAUGAUUUUCUGUUUGAAAGAAAAUCCAUUGUGAGUUUAACGCCAGAGGAUCAGAUAAGUCCUGUAAGUGAGGUAUUAAAACCCAAGAAAGGUACUGCGCUGUUGCCACCAUCCCCAGAAUUUCAUCACAGACCUGAAUCAGAAAAAGUUAUACAGACUUCACAUGAUGAUAUUCCACUUUUAGAUGAACAGAGCAUAGCCUGUGAGAUGAAUGAACUUUCUUGUACCAAUGAACUGGUUGUAAACAAAGUAGAAAGUGAAUGUGUUUUAAAUCAACAAGUGUCCCUUAAUUCUCAAGACCAUGCAAAGUUGCCAACUGACUCUCUACUUCAUUUAAACAAAGAGAUGCCUUUAGCAACAGGCAGAGAUGCCCAUCAGAGCCAUCAUCCUCCAUUAGAGGGUGGAGCAGAUGUCGUUGCUGAUAUACAAACCAUUCCCGUUGAGACAAAAGUGAAAGACAUCUCUCCACCAGGUAACCAAACCUGUGGUGCCUCUUCAAACAGUCCCACCUUAAACAUCAAACCAGGAAGCCUAGAGAGAAAAAAAGAAAUGGCUGAUUCAGGAACAAAAGCUCUACAUUCCAGGCUUCGCUCAAAUAAGAGAGAAGCAGCUGGCUUUCCUCAAGUGGCCUCUGUCAUAGAAUGUCACAGUGUUCAAUCUCAGGAUAUCUCUAACUGUCAUUGUGUAAGAAAAAAUGCAUCCGAAGAAAACAUGUGUUCUGCUUGUGCUGCUUUCAAGUCCAGCAAAAUCAGCCUGCAAGCUGAUAACUCUUUGAUAACAAAAUAUGAAAAUGCAUUUCAGCACCGUGCUCACCAAUGCCAAGGAACAGGACACUCUGUGGAAAAAAGCAGCUGUAAAGUGAGUUAUACAUCAGGGGAAAGGGAACUUGAUGGGAGAGAAACGAAUGGCAGCCUUCCAGGAGAUAAGAUCAGAAACAAAAUGACAGCAUGCUUGUUAAAUAGUGGCAUUUCAAACAAAAUCAUUCACACCUCCAGUAACAUCAAACUCAGUGAGGAAGGGCUGGAAGGAAAGGAGCAGGAUGUAUCCAAAGAAACUGUAUUUUGUAAGUAUAACAUCUCUGAUCAUGCUAUACGAGAACUAAACCAGACUGUAAACAUUCCAAGUCCUGAAAAAGUGUUGGACCAGUCUCCUACUGUUAUGUUUUCCAGUUUUAAAAACGUAAAAGCAGUUGAAACACUCGAUCAGAAGGCAGAUGAAGUUCUUGAUUGUCAGAGUAACCAAAACAGACCAGAUGAAUGCAAAAGUGAAGGUCAGUCAGCCAAGGAGAUGCUAGGUAGUGACCACAGAGAGACUGUCACCGAGCCUCACGGGGAGGUAAACCACAACCAAAAGGAUCUGCUGGUCAGCUCAGGCAGUAAUAACUCACUACCUUGUGGUAGUCCAAAGAAAGGCAAUUUGAAAGGAGCCUUUGUCAAGAUGUCUGGUUGUGAUGAGUCCACAGAAAGUGUGGUAGACAUCGUCUACACAGACUGUAGUAAUAAGCUUACAGAAGGUGUGCUGGAUGUGAAGGCAUCUAAUCCACUGGAUUGUGGUGCAAGGCAAGAGAAACUGGCAUUCCAAGAGGACUCAAGGAGUACCUUGUCUCAGAGAGAACUGGAUGCUGCACAUACAGGAACAACUGGCCAGGACUCAGAUUUCCCAGUUACUGCUGCUUCUACAGUGGACUUUCUCAAAAUAAAAUCAUGUGAAGAAAACGUGUGCAAAUCUUUAAAAGACUGUGAAAUGGAAAAGUGUUCAGACUCUUGUGCCCAUGAGAUGGAGUCUGUUGCAGAUCAUGAACCAAAUAAAAGAAUAUUGGGCAGAGUAAAUGUGUCUUUAAGCGAUACCCAUUAUGGACAGCAACAUAAAGGAACGUCUCUCAGAGAAACACAAGAAAUGACUGAAGGAUCAAGACUAGAACUAAACUCUGAGUUUGGCAAAGAAAGUACCUUUGGAAUUUCCUCAAAAGAGUUGAUAUCUUGCCAUGAUGUAAGCUCUGUUUCCCUAAGAAACCUGAAGUCAGUUGAAAUAAUGCCUUCUCAAGAAAAUUCAGAAACUAAUAUUAACAGUGAAGAAACUGACCUGAAAAAUCUUUGUAAAUCAAAUGAUGGUGAAAUGCUUUGUGAAAAUGUAAAGGACUGCACAGUCCUUCCUGAGAUGAAGGAAAGAGUAUCAAGAGAUAGGAGUAAUUCUAGUGACAGAGACAGCAUAUGUACCUGUGUGGAAAAGAAUGCUUGUAAAGCUUGCCACCCUCACGAGAAUUUCUCUGACAGGCAUUUGCCUUUGACAGUGAAAACAGAAAUUAAAGUGAAAGAAGAAACCGAAGAGCAUCAGAGGGGACUACUGGGUGACUUAACUGUUGGGGAGCAAUCUGAGGAGAUGGUUACCAGAGAAGCUGGCAAUGGCGAUCAUGUGAGCAACAUCUCUCAGACCCAUGUUACGUGCCAGAGGAUACUUAAUCAUGCUGAAAAACAGCAGAGCCCUGAGGUUUUGGACUACAUGUUGCAGAAAGAAGAGGAAUAUAUACAUCAACAAAAGGCACAUACAGUAUCGGAACAAUGCAUAUCAUCUAGUCUGUUUUUAGAUGAUGCACAAAAUAAGAACCAAGCCAAGGCUGGCAAAGAUAAGUCCACCAUGAUGAAUGAAAUCACCCUAGCAAAGCUGGCCAAGGACAACACUGUGGCACAGACUCAGAAGUUAGAAGACCAGAAGGAGGAAAGUUUACAUCAUCCAUUAAAGAAGGACAUUGAGUCAUGCACAAGUCCUUGCCUUCUUGGUGCCCCUCGGAAAGCAGAGGACCCCUCCUCUGCUGGGUGUGAUCAAAUACAUGGUGCCUUUGCGAAGAAAGGAAUGCUUCCCUUAAAGAAGCAGCCCCAUCGAACUUGUAAGAAAGUUUCCUAUCAGGAGCAAACCAUUGUGGGGAGAAAAAUAGGUAAAAUCAGAAGUUCUGCCUUUUUAAAGAGUUCCUCCAAUGCCGUCCCCACAAAAGCGCACAGACUUCUCAGUAUGUGCACUCUGUCUGCACCUACACGAUUAGAACCUGAAACAGCAGCUACCAAGAGCUUGAUUAGUCACAUACCAAAGCAGACAGCUACACCGUGCCAUCCCUUGAGGAGCCCGAAUUUUAGGAAGACUACCAAAGAAUCAGCCUUACUAAACAAGCUGUCCAUCCUUGCCUCCAAACUGGCCCCAGCCAUGAAGAUUCAGAAACUAAGAUACCGACGGAGUUCCUCUGAACUUCUUCCAAUGGCUAAAAGCUACAAGCGCCUCAGAUAUAAAAGGCUCCUGGAUGGAUUUUCAUCCAACACAGAACAGCUGAAUCCAUAUUUGGCAGCUAGUGGAUGGGAUAAGAGGCCUAACAGUAAGCCCGUGGCACUUUAUUCUCUCGAAUCCAUCAAGAUGACCUUCAUAGAUUUGAGCAACAAGAUGCCGUCCCUGCUGUUUGGUUCUGAAAUCUUCCCAGUAUCCUUUCAUGUAAAAUCAUCCAGCUCAGAUUGCACGCCUGAGUCCUCAAGGACUUUUCCUGAGCACUGUGCUCCGGCAAGGCUUGCCUUAGGAGAGGCCCUCCAGUGCCCGUCUCAACCUCCCAAGUGGACCUUUUCUUUCUUCCUGUCCCACGGUUGCCCUGGGAUGGCCACAUUCAGGGAAGACACUGGCCUCCAUAGUCAGACCCACACUCAGGCUCCUCCCCAGCCUCCAGCUCCUCUCCAAGACUAUGGAGGCACUGCCAUAGUCCAGACCAGAGCAGACUGCUCUGUCCUUGGCCUUCACACACUUCUAGCACUUUGUUCCCCAGGAUGUUACCGAAUCUGGACAAAAAAACGGAGCUUCUCCAGCCACAUGCCUACCAUGCAGAGGCUUUUCAUGACCCAGUUUACACAGGGCUUGAAAGGGUUACGGUCUCCAGCCUCCAUAGCGGACAAGGUCUUCUGUUCUCUGCCCUACUCGGUGGGCAGAGUCCUAUCCAUUUGGAGCCAGCAUGGGCCUUCUGCCUGCUCCUUCGAAAUCUCUUCUCUUCAUUCCACUCACUGCAAGCGGCAACCAAGUCUGGGUACCACAAGCAGCCACACCAUGUUACCAUAUGUGCCUCUUCCAGGCAUGGAAGCUACAUAUAACACCAGCGGCAGUCAAACAAGGCUGGAGCCUCCAUUCCCUGCCUUGGUACCAAAGUCUUGCUUGGUAGCAGAAUCAGCUGUCAGCAAGCUCCUGCUUUCAGCCUCUGAGUUCCAGGUUCCUGGAUUGGAUGAGCUGGAUGGUGUGAAAGCAGCAUGCCCCUGCCCACAGAGCAGCCCUCCAGAACAGAAAGAGGCUGAGCCAGAGAAGAGGCCAAAGAAAGUCUCACAGAUUCGCAUCCGGAAAACUAUUCCUAGACCAGAUCCUAAUCUUACCCCCAUGGGCCUUCCUCGACCCAAAAGGUUAAAGAAGAAAGAGUUUAGUUUAGAAGAGAUAUAUACCAACAAGAAUUAUAAAUCUCCUCCUGCAAACAGGUGUUUAGAGACCAUCUUUGAGGAACCCAAGGAACGAAAUGGUACGCUAAUCUCAAUAAGCCAACAGAAGAGGAAGCGAGUUCUAGAAUUUCAGGAUUUUACAGUCCCGCGAAAGAGGAGAGCUCGAGGUAAAGUCAUGGUGGCAGGCAGCUUUACCAGGGCCCAGAAGGCAGCUGUGCAGAGUCGAGAGCUGGAUGCUCUUUUGAUACAGAAACUAAUGGAACUGGAGACCUUCUUUGCCAAGGAAGAGGAGCAGGAACGAUCAUCAGACUGUUGAGAAGCAAUUCAGUUUGAGGGUCUCAAUUUUAGUUUUUUUGUUUGUUCGUUUUUGUUUUUUUUUUUUUUUGGACCUCCUUGGAAGAGGUUGCCUAAUUUUGCCCUACCGCCAAACCACUCAAAAAUGCACAGUCCAUGAAUUUUACCUAUUUCAAGGUGCAACCUUUUUAGAAACUGGUGAAGGAGGGUCCUCUACUUUUACUGCUGAGUAUAGAACCUCAGGAAUGCUCCCUUUCUCCUGGAAAUGAACCUGAACGACAUCUAGCCUCCUCCUCAGUCUCUGCCAUCCACAGGAGGAAGCAGCAGCCUAUCUUCAGUAACACUAGGAUUCCAAGGACUCACAGGAUUUGCACGUCCAUAUGAAAGUUCCGCUUUGUUUACGGUGGUGCUAGACCAAGAUUAUUAGAAACGUGGCCUAGGGAGGGGAACUGGCGUCCUGUCCUACGUGGUCUCACUGGCUCAUUUCAGUAGUUGAGGAAAGAUGAGCUGUUGUGUUUUCUAAUCUUUUGUCUGCCCAGGACCUAUUGAUGUGAGUGUAUGUGAGAGUGUUUGUGCGUGUGUGGCUUUUUCCCAUCAUUUUCUCCCCUCUGUGACUGUGGGUCACUAGUGCCAGAGGAGCCCGUCCAGGCCCCAUUCGAAGUAAGUUGCACUUUUUAAUGUUGUGGUGUGGAUUAUUUUCAUUUGUUUUCUUUUUUGUUGUUGUUUUUGUACUAUUAUUGCUGCAUGUUUGGAGCCUUUAAAUGUGAUUUUAAAACAAUUUUUUAAGGAGAAAAACAAUACAUGUCUUAAGAAUACAUGAUAGGCAUUUGACCCAGUUGACCGCUGCAUGGAAGAGACAUUUUUCCUAUUCAUGUGUUUCAGGCAAUCCCUUCCCCAUCUCCAGCUUCUAGUGUAACUCAUUAGAGGGAGCACUUUUAUUCAUCUGGGUUCUCAUUCUUGCCCACCAGAUACAUGUAUUUAUUUUAGUGAUUUAAGUAAGAGCAGGUUUCUCUCCCGAUCAUUGAAAAAAUACUGUGGUUGGGUGUGGUCUUAAUGGUUUUUAUCUGAAAUGGUGUCAGGUAACAAAAUUGAGUACAACAGCUUGGACAGUGAUACAGGCUGACCCACAGUAUAUGUGGCUCUCCAGACAGCUCGCUUCAAGAAUGAGAAGAGAGUCGGGGUCAUGCUUCAGACCCAGAGAUGUGUUCCUGCAGUGGGAGCUCAAAAAUCCCCAGCCAGCCCUCUUUGAGGGCCACCUCAUUGUACUCUGGGCUCCUGUGUCACAUCUACCGGAACUGUCGAAUGCCGGAGUUAGCCAAGUUUCUGGGUUUGUGCCUGCAGGAGUCUGUGGGUAGAGGGCUGCUGUGCGUCAGCAGCCUCGAGGUCUUGUUCCUUUUCCACUGAAGUCCUGUGUACCCAUAUCCUGCUCCCCUUCCCCUCCUUCUCUAGGGGUUUCUCUUUCUCUUUCUCUCUCAAAACAAGAGUUUAGAGAAUUAACAUUCCAUGGCUGGUGAGUGGGGUGCUAAAGUCAUCAUCAGGACACCAGCAUCACCUCUUCUAUCCUCCUGGGAGCCACUGGCAUGGAGCAGCCACCGAUGGGAACUGUCAGAGUUCUAGGCACAUUUCCAAGUCAGUCUGUUAGAGAAGAGUGAGUGGCACGUCCUGGAAUGUUGGUCAACUCUCUUAGGUUUCUUUUGCUUCCCCAUUUGCUAGUGGAUGGGGAGAUGGGGUGGGGGUGGGGGGUCUCUAUGUGCCUUGCUUUUGCAGGUUGACAGUCUAUGCCACACUGGAGCAGAAAAACUGACUUAAGCCAGAGAGAAAAGUGUGCUACGGCUAUCUUCUAGGCCCACUGCCUCAGACAUAGCAUUGAGACAAGUAAAAUACACACAUGGUCAUCCACGGAGGCAUCCAAGGCCAUGGCCAGAUACAAUUAGAAGAGAGCCAGGCUUCCGUACCAGCUCUGAAUGAUGCUAACCAGAUUCUGUCAUUCUACAUCCACUUUGCCCAGACUGUAUAGACACGACCUAUGUUUCACCUCAAUACCUCUCCCUUCCUGGGACAGGGUUCUUAGACACUAAAUGCUUCUGUCUGCCUUUUUUGCUUAAGGGAGUGGGAUGAGUAGUACAUUGUGCUCUUGUUCAGGCAUGUUUAGGGAGCUCCUACUGGACAGGUUGCAGACUAGCAGUGAGUCAACAAAGCCCUGUUUACCAGCUCCGUUGGCAGUGUAGAUGCAGUGAUGUGGCAGCUAUGUUUCCCAGAGAGAACAGUGGGCACAGCUGUAGUGUCACCAACAUUGCAGAGAUAGUUUCAACUGCCCGUUAUAGGUGUGGCACUCGAAGAGCCAGGAGCAGCGGUUUGGAACAUGGGUAACUGGGAGCAGAGGACUGGAAGAAACAGAGCUGGGCUCCUUCCUUGUCCUGACAAUGUAGGAGAGAAGUUGUUCUGAGGCCAGCCCUGGCCCUCGUUGAAAUUCUUGGCCUACCCUCUGGCUAGGGCCCUUCCCCUGCUCCAAAGUUGAGAAGGGGGCCCCACUGCAAACUUGAAAUUACUUACCUGAAGGUGAUGUAUAUACAUAGGCUCCAGCUGCGCUCAGCCACACCUGUCUUACAUUCAGUUUCAGCACUGAGCCAGCUGCAGUGUUGUCAUGGGUCCUCAAGCCCACAGUCCCUAACCAUGAUGGGACACAGUAAUCGGCUGCUGGCACACCACUUGCCCAGAGCUACAAGUCUGGUUCUGGUGUGGAGUUGGUACAGUUUCUGAAUAUGGGAACUUCCCUCCCCAAGUGGUGGGAAGUUACAGUUAACUACAACUUAACUAUCACUCACUUCCAGAGGUUUAGUGUUUUUAAUAUGGGAAAGAGGAGAAAUCUCAGGUCCAAUCAGGGUUCUGCCCAUCAGCUUUUCACUGAAACUUUCAAUCGUGGUUUUUUUUUUCCCAUCUUUCAGUUUCUAGCUGUGUUUGCUUCCUCCCUCCAUGUUGCCUCCUCUUUUUUUGCUUUUGGUCUGCUUUCCAGCUUCAUGUCUCCAUGAGUUCAGCUGUACCUCGUCUCCUGUUAAAUCUGAUCAUGUCCACUUUUUCUUACUGACCUUACUCAAAGCUACGGUAGCUGAGGGAGUUACAGUGAAAAGACAUGUAGCGUUUGCCUUAUUCGGAGCCUGAAGAGCCCAGAAACUCAUGCUGUGAAUCCCAAAACUCAGCGCUCCUCAAGAGCUGUGAAAAUCAUGAUACUUUGUCACAAUUUUGCCUGAAAGAGUCUUUGGCACGAGCUCCAGAGCUAACCUGAGGUCCAUUCCAGAUCCCACUCUCUGGGCAUGAGACCUCCCCCGUGGCUCCUUCCUCGCCCACUGGGCCAAGAGCAGCAGGGAGCGUACGGGACGGCAGCAGCAGAUCCAAGGCCACAGUGUAGCCGAUGACUGCAUGGCCGUCGCUCCGUCUCCAGGCUGGGAUUCCGUCUCAUAAUCAAUGCCAUGUACAUUAAGAUCUGUGAAAGACCAACUUUUAGGCAGUGAUACUUUUCUCCCAUUCCCUGGGGUGGGGGGAGUAUGCAGUUGGUGCUUUCUGUAAUUCCCUUGUUCUGUUAUGUUUCUGUAAGCUUUCCCCCUGGUGUCAUGGAAAGGACCUCUUAAAUAACCACAUUGUGGGUGGCUGUAUCCAAAGUUUAAAUAAUUGGCCAGAAGUGCAGAGUAUCCUUUCCUGGAUUCGUGUCAGGAAAGGGCUCCUUGCCAGAACUGAACUUGUUAUAUAAAAACCUGGCUAGGGAGAUUUAAUUUUACUACAAUUACAGUUUAAUGUUACCAUCUAGCCACAAAUUGAGCAGCAAAAGCUAUUUUGAUGAUGAAGGGGGGUCCUUGUUGAGCCGGCCGUCUAGUGCAGUGUGCUCUCAGAUACAAUGCUUGUUGAUUGUGUGUCUUCACAAGCCCCUCCCUGGUGCUGAAUUGGAUUUGAAUUCUUCAUGAGAGGCCUCAGCAUCUCCUUGGGCUGGUCUGGGCCAGUAAAAAUAGCUGCCUGACAUGUUUAUAUAUUAUCAUGGUCAGUAGUUCAAUGAAAUUUGUACAUUUUUGGUAACAUUGGUAUACAUAAUGCCCCUGCAGUUCCUUUUCUGUUUGGUAGUUUGUGACUCUAAAAUUUCCACUGUUAUGUGUGUUAAUUUAUGAAAAUAAAUUUUUUUGAAAACCUUUCAAA